AUGGGUCUACCAAUAUUUGUUGUGCCUACCGAGCCUGAUGCGGCAUCCAAAGCAGCAGAGAAGGUCACAUCAGGUCCGCGAUCUUCAAUUCGACGGCAGCGCACUGUCCGCGGUCCUCACGCGCGCCUGGCGGCCGAGACGCGAAGAAGGCGAAUGCUGGGUUUGGUCACUGGUUUCAAUGGCAAUGGGGAUUAUGAGGUCUGGGAAGGCCAACGCACGUCGCCUCCACACGAAUCCGGAAUACCUCCUGUCGCGUCCUCUCAAGCGCCAGGUCCGCGCAUGUUUGACGAUGAACGGAUGAGAUUGCGCGACACACUGAGCUUCGAGCGUCAACAUACAACCAACAUGGAAGCUGAUGGGCCAUUACUGCCCCCUGCUCCCGAGUCCAGAGACUACCACCCUGUUGCGUUAUCUCCAGAGGCACAAAGGGAGGUACUACGAAUACACGAGAUUCGAAGAAAUCUUCAAAGACUUGCGCGACGGCGGACAGCACCUACACCCCCUUAUACCGAGACUGAUAUCGCGUUGAUCGCCCGGGUGGGCACGGAUUCUCCUCGCCCUGCAUCAUUAACGCCUACGCUUUCGCCUUCUCGUCAGCUGACACUACAAGACCUUGAAGCUUCAAUGACCUUUGGCAGGCCUUCUCUAGAGAGGCAUGAUUUCACAGUGCGAGAAGCACCAAAUACAUCUGAUCGAUCGGCAAGACCAACGUUAUCAGAGAGAAUUCAGGCUCUUACCCGGGUAUCAAGCCAUUUUGAGAGAUCACGCCGUUUUCUCCGCCAACAACGUCUGGAUGGACUUGGCGACCGAGACCGUAGCCUAAGUCCGGAUGGCGUAAAUGCAUGGGAUACCCUUCUCACGAGUAUUACGCCCGACCCUCAGCCACCAAGCGCGGGAUCUUCCUUUGCCUCUGCGUCUGCCGCAGCGGCUGCAGUCUCGGGCUCUGCCGACUCGGACCCGGGACCUGCCAGUCCGUCUAUACCGAGUUUGGCACCCGUAGACGAUCCUUCUGCCCUUCGUGAUUGUGAUAUAUCAGACUCGGGAUCGAAUACCGAAGAGGAGGAGGAAGAUAUAUUCGAACUGCAUGGCGCAAACCUCGGUACAAUGAGGAUUAUUCGCCCUUUCAGGUUAUCAUGGGCAGAUGUUGCAACAGCACGACCAGGUCGUACUAGUACAGAAGACACAGAGCACUUAGGAGGAAUGCAGCGGAUUAUUUCACGUCUUGCAGAGCGAGACGACAUACCGGAAGAGUGGUGGAGAAUGGCUGGUCUGCGACGCGAGCCUACGAGUUGA